AUGGGGCCCCCAGGCAAUAGGGGAUCAUGGGGCCCCUGUGUCCUUGCCCAAACUCAAAAAAGCCUAUGAAAAAGGUACCAGGGGCAUCUCAUGGGGCCCCCUACUGACCCCGGGCCCUCGGGCAGUGCCCGAGUCUCCAAAUGGUCAGUCCGCCCCUGCACCCGAUGUUUACUUCCCGUAUCGUGGUAUAUAUACAUUUUUCUUCUAAUGUUUUUUGUUAAUUAAAAUGUAUCUAAUUUUGUUUUUGUCAGUUGAUGAUCAGCUAAUGAG